GCCCAUCUUUGGGCGGGCUGGCGCCGUCACGUGGCGCGGCGCUUCCUUUCUCUGUGCGCCUCUCUUUCCUUCCUCGGCCGCCAUCUUGUUCUCGCCGCGUGUUGGCCGCGGGGCUCCGCCGCGCUCAGACAUAGCACUAUGAACCAAGAAAAACUGGCCAAGCUUCAAGCGCAGGUCCGAAUAGGAGGAAAGGGAACAGCUCGCAGAAAGAAGAAGGUGGUGCACAGAACAGCUACAGCUGAUGACAAAAAACUUCAGAGUUCCCUCAAAAAACUGGCUGUAAAUAACAUUGCUGGCAUUGAAGAGGUGAACAUGAUAAAAGAUGAUGGAACAGUUAUUCACUUCAACAACCCCAAGGUUCAAGCUUCCCUCUCUGCCAACACUUUUGCAAUUACUGGUCAUGCAGAAGCUAAACCGAUCACAGAAAUGCUUCCAGGCAUCUUAAGCCAGCUUGGUGCUGACAGCUUAACAAGUCUCAGGAAGUUAGCUGAACAAUUCCCAAGACAAGUGUUGGAUAGUAAAGCACCAAAAUCUGAAGAUAUUGAUGAAGAAGAUGAUGAUGUCCCAGAUCUCGUAGAAAAUUUUGAUGAAGCAUCAAAGAAUGAAGCUAACUAAAACAUUAAUAGUUCUGGAAGCUGGCAUGGACUAGAUUUAAGAAAUCAGCUAUGUGGUUCCAAAGUUUUAAAGAAACAGAGAACAUCAUCUGUUAAUAGUUCAGUAAUAUAAAUAUUUUGUAUUUUUAUGAUGCUGUUUGUUCAGCAUUUUCUGUCAGUUGAUUUUGCAUUUUGCACUUACUCCCAGGAUCUACUCUUUUGGUCAAAAAGAAAUGUCAGUGCAGUUUGAGGGGUGUGUGUAUGUGUGUGGGUGUACGUGUAGUGGAGAACAAAUUGGAGAACACAUAUUUAACCAUUUGCCCUUUUCUUUUGGAAGUAGAAAUAAAAUGAAUCUUCAGCAUCAUUACUUUGAUUAUCACCAAAUAGUGCACAGAGGGAGUUAAGAUUAACGUUUUGUCCACGUUUUGUGACCUGAAGGCAUUACACCAUUAAAACUUGGGCUUAAUUUGCUGUAACUAUUGUACUUGCAGGUGUGUUUCUCAAUGUACACAUAUUUAUCAACCUUGUGUUGAUCCCAGGUUUUAGGGGUGGCGAGCAAUUUUUCUUUUUUUUUUUUUUUUUGGUUUCUAAAGUUUUGAUACAAGCUGAUAUUUGACUCCUUUCAUGUAGACUUAGCAGUAUGUUCUCCUGUUGGUUACUAAAGUAUUUCCCAGUCAAAAGAAAAACACCUUGGUUCUCUACUGUUGGGUCACUUCCUUCUAAGCUUGAGGUCUGGUUGGUAACAGUCCAGUGCACCAGUUUUGCACAGUAACAGGUUUUUGCUUGAAUAAUUUCAAGCUGUUCUCUUGGCAUAACUGCAUUUACUAGCAGCUGAUGAUCCACUCUCAUUCUUAGGGCACUAGGAACUAAAUGCACUGUGUGAACAAUGUUUAGGGUGGGAGGAAAGAGUUGUUGACACUUUGCCUUGCUUCCUGCUGGGCAGUCUGUGCAGUGACUAGCUCUAAAGGGACUUUUUCUUUUUUCUUUUUUUUUUCUUUUCUUUUUUUUUUUUUUUGCCUGUAACUUACCUUGGCCUAUAACCUACCUCUAGGUUUGGUGUCAUCUAUAUAGUAGCUUCUUACAAAACACAAAUGCUCCUCAGGCAUAAGGAGGACAUUGGGAGGUACUGUUGGUACAGUGCAGUAUUUAUGACCUUUCUUUAAAAUGCUUAAUGUGAAGCUGUUUUCUCAGAGGCUCUUUCAAGGUUCUUGAUGUAAUGUGCAUUACAGUAUAGUUAGACAUCAUUGUAACCUCUGUCAAGGGCAGCUGUGGCUUACAAAAGCCAAUUUUUUUUUUCUCUACAUCUGUCACUUACCUAUGGCUUAAUUGGAACAUAUCAGCUUUUGGUGUAGGCUCUCAUAUGCUAGAGAACUGUAAUAGUACAAGCAAAUAGUCCAUGAGUUCUGGAGACUUCGUGAACCCACGGAAGUUGAGCUGUAGUGGUUCAUCAGCUGAACUCGGUUCAUUUUCUAGGCUUCGUUCAGUUUUUCCUGUUAUAUUUUAUAUGCUACGUGGAUCUUACUACAAAAUAAAAUAACAGUAAAAAGAGGAAAUGCUCCCCCCUGUGUGUUGUCUGCUCCUCCCACCAGCACUGGCUGAGGAAAGCAGGUGGAUGCAGCAGCUGUUUGAGACAGCACUGCAUUCUUGGUGACAGUGACCAAGGAAGACAAGGGGCUAGGGAGGGUCCUGUUAGAGCUCUAGAAUUUCACACUCCCUAUACUCACUCCUAUUUUCUCUGUGGUGUUGAAAGAAACUUUUGUUUGUUGUAUGGCUGAUCAGCUGCAUAUGAUUUGUUCUGUUCAUAAGGAGGGGAUAUCUGCACAAAUGUGUGCUCAGGCACAUGGAAUUGUCUUCUGCUGCCUCUGUGAGCCCAGGGAACAAAGCAAGGACAUGAGGCCACAGGUAUUUGCAGUGUUCCUCUGUUUGCUUAAGAGGCACAAGUGAAGAACCUUUCCAAGUAGCAACUGUACAGAAUUGAUACAUGGGACAUCCCAUUUCUAAAUACUAAUGAGAUACUGAAAAUUCCUGCUUGUUCAUUCUGAUGUAGGAGGUAUGUCAAAAGUAAUUCUGUGAGAGAUUAAAAGUAAGCCUUGGAAACAAUGAUUCCCUCAGUUUAUAUAGCUGAACUUUGAUUCCUACAAAAUACUGAUUUCGUUUUUGCUCUUGAAUUUACAUGUUAAACCCUCAAAUUUUUCCUACGUUGACAACAAGUAAACCAACUAACUAUGCUAGCUUAUGUAGUUAUAUUAUCUUCAGUUUUUUCACUGUAUCUGGAAACAGUCAACCACUUAUGAUUUGCUGCUGGAAAUACUAGAGCUUAUCAAUCAUUAAACUGAUUUUAAUUAAAAGUAGCCUAUCAAGGCUGUUGUGGGAAAA